AUGUUUACUAGAAGGAAAAGUCGAAACGUACAUGGAACAUCUUACACAGGCGUUAACCAUGUUGCCCCAUCUGAUAGUCAACCUAAUGACCACGCUGUGGCAGCGGCUUUAUCAAUUGGUUAUGGGCUUGCCGGUAAUGGUGGUGGGCAGCCUAUUCGUUACAAUGUCUCCAGAACUGUUUCUCUUAGAGAUAAUAGCCUUAAGAAAAGAAACUCUAUUAGCUCAAACGACACUUAUGGUAUUCCAAAAAGAAACCUGUUGAGGGUAUCUUCUAAUAAUUCGUUAACUUCUGUAUCCUUGAGAAGGAGAUCGUCUAAUGGGAAUGGAUACGGUCCACAGCUGACUUCGUUUGAUAAUAGUAUACAAGAAGAGCUGGAAGAACCUCAUUCGGAGCAUUAUAAUCGCCGAAGCAUGCAAGACUUGAUGCUUCCUCAAAAACCCUUCGCAAACGGCUACAAAAAAGGACCUGAGGAAACUGGACUGGUCAAAAUGAUCAAAAAAUAUAUUCCCACUCCCAAUGGUAUCAAGAUCAUCGAGGUCCCAGAGGAGAAGUUUAAUCAGGAAGUCGCCAGAAAUAAUUCUAUGAGAUCGGGAAGAGGUAUUGCAAGAUCUCCAUCUUUGAACUCUCUAUCUCGACCAAGAGCCGCUUUUCUGAAUGGAGUCUCUACACCGAAGCGUAAUACAUCAUCAAGAUUAUCCAGUUUAAUGAGUUCACCAAGAAUGCAAACUAUGAAUGAGGUCGAUGAAGUGAAGGGAGGUAGUAUGAUUAACAACGAGGAAAAGUAUGAUGAACUCUUGAAGCAAAUAGAACAUGAAAAGCAUUUAGCAAAAGAGUUAGAUAGUAAGACAACAGAGUAUCAGAAACUAAAACAAAAACGUUUGGAGAAAGAGAAAAAUUUAGCUUUAUUAAGAAAGCAAUUGAGUAAUGUGUCUUCAUCUCCUUCUUCAUCUUACUCUGACUUGGAAAAAGAUAUCCAGGACAACAUUAGAAAUCGAAAUACAGAUUCAAAUCUUAAAUCUCCCUUCAUAGCUGACGGUUUAAAGGAAGAUAUAAUUAAAACCGCUGAAGAAACAUCUUCACGUAGUUCGCAAAAGACAGUGGAACAAAAGGAAAAUGGGAACCCUAUAUUCAAUCAGCCUGUGUUGCAAUUAACUGAUGAGAAAAUUCCUGAGGCUAGUGCUUCUGAAUUGGCUUUACAGGAUGAAGUUAUUGGUCGAAAUUCUAUUGAUGCCUCUAGUGUUAUAGUUGAUGAGCUUGAUAAGAAGAAUCACAGUAAUAGUGACAUGAAAGAUUUUAUAGGAGCUUCGUCUAAUGGACAACAUUUAGAUGAUAACCAGAAUGAAGAUGGUACCGAAUUAAAAAUAAUUCGUCAAUAUGAGGGUCUAAGGUCGACAGAGCUGUUCGGUAGUGGGGAUGAUGAUUUAGGUUCUCACGAAGAUGACAACGAGUCCAACUUAGCAAAACAAUUACGGCCAACAUUUGAUGCCGUACCAGAGAUAAUAAAAGAAGAUGAUGAAAAUGAGAAUGUUGAUUUGCAAUCCAAAGAAUCAUUGAUUACUUCUGGUAUUAAUUCGUCUUCAAGCUCGCUAAAUUCUACAGGAUACGUUCCUCUUUCAAAAGGAAAAUCUCCUCCAAAGUCAGCAAUGAAGAAAUCUACACCAGCCACAAAAAAUGAGAAACACUCACAGAUGAAUGUUAACCCUGCUCACUACGCAUAUUUGUCUCUUACAACGGCUGAAAACACUAGGCUUAACUCAAAGCUCUCGGCCAGUAAGUUGAACACUCAACUAAAUGCUGCGCAGCAACCACCUCCUUUUCAAGGAUUUCAUAUGUCCCAGCCAUUGCAUCAAAAUAAUAACCCUCGAAUGUCACAAACGUUGCGUAAGACUCAGGUGCCAACAACUCCUACAGGAAUGUCAGGUAGGACUCUACGCCCAAAUACUUUGGACCCUUAUCUGGAACUGUACAAUUAUAAUGGAGGAAUGCCUGGGAGGGGUCCUAGAUCUCAUAUGUCGAUGCAACCUGUUGCUACAAAGCAGCCCGUAAAUAUGAGUUCAACUUCAAAAGCGAAAGCAGCCGAACUAUAUGCAAAAGCCAAUUCUCGGCCUAUUUCAGUAUUCAAACCUCUAAACAGGAAAUCAUCCUUUGACAAAGAGAUUCAAUCUGAUGACAAGUUAGGGGCGUCUAAAGUCCAGGGGCACAGAAUGACUUUGCGAGAUGGUCCUCGAGAUUCUUCUACAGCGGCUCAUCCAGUAAGCGAAGCAAGGGAUGCUUACAUCACACACUCAGAAGAAAAAGAUCAAUUGGGUAAUACUCCUGUUCGAGAAAACUUUAAUUCGAGGUUCAAAGACUCCGAUGAAGAGGACAACAUUAGCGAAGAACAGCAUGCUCCUCUUGGGAAGAAUUUAAAUAGUUCGACCAACUUACCUAAGCUGAAUAACACGAUUCCCACCGCUCCGUACACGAGCCAGGCAUCUGGUUCAAAAUCAGGGAUCGAUGGAGCUGUCAGCAAUUCCAGAGUUGAACGAGAAGAGAAAAAGAGUACGAAGAAGUUUAAAAAACUUAGAAAACUUUUUGGCAAGAACUAA